AUGUCCUCAGACGUCGCCAGCGCGUCGCCCUUCUUCGGCGCCGUCGGCUCCUUUUCCACCAUGCCCAUGCCGCCGUCUUUCGCCCCCGGCACGGACAAGAACGCCGCCACCGAGGCGCUGCGGCCCCUCAUCACCCCCGACGCCGGUGGCCGGUGGUCGCUCACCGCCGACGGCUACGGCAUCGAGCGCAGCUUCAAGUUUGCCACCUUUGCCAAGACUUGGGAGUUCAUGAACGCCGUCGCCGCAGAGGCCAAGAAGAACAAGCAUCACCCAGAGUGGUCCAAUGUAAGAGCCCAUUUCAAGCCCUCCCUUGACGCUCAUCGGAUAACUCAUCUCGCGGCAAAGGUCUACAACACUACUUUCAUCCGCUGGACGACGCACAACCCCAAGGGCCUUGCCGUCAAGGACUUGGGCAUGGCCACUACCUGCGACUUUCUGGCCAAGCACUUUGGCGAGGUCGAGGCCGACAAGACGAGCUGCAACCUGAGUAGCCUCGCUGACACGGCCGCUGCCUCGGCGGGAGACUGCUGCGUCCCCAAGAAGAAGUAA